AUGGCGGCUGGUUCAGGGAGCAGAUGGACAGAAGCAGAAACAAAAUCAUUAUUGGAUGCGUAUGGAGAACAAAUAAUUCAAGAAGCUAUCGAUGGAAUGGCAACUAACAAGGUUGUUCACGAUGAAAUUAGCAGGAUACUAAAAGAGCACUCAAAUAUCGACAGAACAACGUCCCAAAUAGAAACGAAAAUUAAGAAAUUGAGAAGUGGUUACAGCAAGUUAAAAGAUCGUAUGAAGCAGUCUGGAUCUGAGAGGCCGUACUUUUCGAGUGCUCUAUCAAGUGUAGAAAAAACUGCUUUAAAAGUUUGGGAGCAAUUGGAUAGGAUUCUAGGUAAAUAUUGAUGAAUAAUUGUUCAAAUAAAACUUAAAUAAAUUUAAUGCCAAAUGCUGCUCAUUUUCUACAUGUUUGCAUGAUAACUUUAGGACAGAAAAGGGAAAGAGCUUAUUUCGCUGGCCUCAGAGUGACAAAACGUAAGAAAGCAACGGUUUUACUAACACUAACCCUAUUCCAAACACAAACUCUAACCCUAUAUAAACCCUAAUCCAAAUCCUUGACCUAACCUUAACCUAACCCUACUCCAAGUUUGUUUCUAAACCAAUCUUGAAGAAAAAAUUUUUGACGAAAUAUCAUUCUGAGGUUAGCGAAAUAAUUUCUUCCCAGAAAAGGUUGGGUCAAUCAAUUUGAAAGUUCAGUAAAGUUUGAAAAUUUCACAACCAAUCUAGAGUUUGUGAUGUAUUGUGUAAAGUUUGGCACAGUUUGUAUAGAUCGUUUAAUUAAUAGUAGUUAAUAAAGCACAAAUUCAGAGUAAACAUUUUAAAGUCAAAUUCUCAGAAAUGGCACAAAGCUUGGUUUUCACAUGUCGUAAUUCAUUGACAAUGUUUCCAUUGUUGAUGAUCACUAAAUAUUAAAUUAAUUUCUUUCCGACAGACAAAGCAUUUUAUGCACCAAUGACCAAAAAAGUUCUUUUGUUUAUAAUUAAUAACAGGUCCUCGACCAGUGAAUAAUCCUCCUGAAGAACAGUUGUUUGAAAGUGGAACACAGCAAGUAGAGCAGUGUGAUGAUGUUGAUGCAGCAUUAGAUAUGUCAGAAGACGAGCAAUCUGCCAGUGCUAGUAACCCACAAAAACGAGAGAAAAAACUUGUAAGAGCAUCUCCCAGCAAGAAAGCACGUCUUUCUGAUGUAAUCGAAAAGUCAAAUGAACAGAUGGGAAACAUAACCAAUUUGAUUGCAAGUAGCAUUGUGUCACCAGAGGUGAGAGAGAAAGAAAGGAAGGAUGACAGGGAAUUCUUUGGUCAGAUGUUCAGUAUGUUAUCUCAAACCAUGAUUGGGAUAUCCCAAAUGCAUCAAAAUAAUCGUCAUCAGUAUUUCCCACAUUCACAACAACCAUUUCAACCACCUGCAUUCUUUGGGAUAAAUCAUAGUGAAACACUUGGAGCUUCACAUGAUACAGUUUCAUGUUCAGAAAAAAAUAACAACUAA